AUGGACAGUACAUCUACUUUAUCAACUUCAUUAACUUCCAAAUAUUUUUUAAAUUUUUCUCAUAUGCCCUACAAUUGGAUUAUAAUAAAAAAAUAUAGCUGCAGUAAUCGACUAUGUAUUGCUCCACUGAAAUUUAUUAUGCACACAUUUUCAGAUUGUGCAUGUGUAUGUCAACCGAAUGAUAAACGAUGUUUUGAAUUGUUGGAAGGGAAACGUCAAUUCACGGCUGAAGAAAUUCCAUUACCACUGAAUGGUUCUUACAUCUUACCACCUUGUCGUUAUGGUGUAAUGGAUGAUUUACACUUAUAUCAUAGACAUUGCCCCGGACCAACUAGAAAUACGCUUCCAAUUAAAUAAUAUGACAACAUAAAAUGAAACUAAUGGGAAACUUAUUUCUCUCACCUACCAGUAGCCAGGUGUCAAAUAGUUUAACAAUUAUAUAUGGUUUUUAGUAAAUAAGCCACGGAAAUGGAGUAUAACUAGGCAAAAUCGUGCAAUCUAUCAUAUUCUUUUUCAGUUGUCUUCUGUAUUUUCAUUGACAUUACAGUUACCACUCUGAUUUAUACAUGCAUACAUACAAAUUAGACAUCAAUACAAACAUACGAUAUCCGUCAUUGUCUCUAUUGUAAAUCGAAAACUUUGCUUAACCAUAAAAAUCUC